CGCAGCGGCAAGGGGAGGUUGAGGACUCGCAGCUUGUUCCGGGGUUUGAGCUGUUAGUCUGAACCGUAGGCGGUACUUCAGCUGCCACCCAUCUUCGAGGCUCACCUGCCGUUAAACGUCAUGGAAGAUUCUCAGAGUGAGCCACAGCGGAUAAUACGACGCCACCACCGCGAGAGGAAAGAGCUGCAGGCCCGCAUCCAGGGCAUGAAGAACUCGGUGCCCAAGAGCGACAAGAAGAGAAGAAAGCAGUUGCUCCUAGACGUGGCCCGCCUCGAGGCCGAGAUGGAGCAGAAGCACCAGCAGGAGCUGGAGACGUUCCGAGAGAGUUUCCCUGGUGACGGCAACCUCGACUCCGUCACCGAAGAUCUCUCCAAGAUGAAUCUUGAGAACCAGCCUCCCCGCCAGUCGAGGGCACAGAGAAGGCGUGAAAGAAGGGCGGCCCUCGAGAGAGUGCGCCAGGAGAGGAUGGCCGAGGCCGAGAUGGAGCAGCUGGCCAGCUUCCGCCGCGAUGAGGAGGAGAAGCUCGCCGCCAUCUUACGGUCCAAGAAUCUGGAGCUGAAGGAUAUGCCGGUCGACGGCCACUGCAUGUAUCGCGCCAUCCAAGACCAGCUGGUGUUCUCCGUGACGGUGGAGAGCCUGCGGAAACGCACCGCCAAUUACAUGCGCAAGCACGUGGACGACUUCCUGCCCUUCUUCCGCGACCCCGACACCGGCGACGCCUACAGUCGCCAAGAUUUCUUGAGCUACUGUGACAACAUCGUGCUCAGCCCGUCGUGGGGAGGCCAGCUCGAGCUGAGGGCCCUGUCGCACGUCCUGCAGACCCCCAUCGAGGUGAUCCAGGCCGAUUUGCCUGCCGUCGUCAUCGGGGUGGAGUACAGCAGGAAGCCGCUCACCCUCGUCUACCUGCGCUACGCCUGCAACCUCGGCGAGCACUACAGCUCGAUGAGAAUUGGUCAUGCCCCACGUGCCUUUGAGAUCAAAAUGGAAACUUGGUUCGAUGCAUUCCUAACUGGGGAAAAAAGAGUUUAGCUCGGGAUCUUAGGAUCGUCCCGUGAAUUCAUUGGAUUUUAGAUAAAGGUGGAGUUUCUCUGAUCGAAAUGCUUUGUGAAUGCCUUCUGCUUAUUCUUUGGGAACAAAUGUAUCGCAGGCUGUUUUUUGGGGGGUUGCUUUUUACUUCAGCUGGGUUCUUCCGGAAAUGUCUCAAGUUAUGAACAAGAGCUCCUCUAGUAUUUUGUUUUGUUUGUUUUCAUACAACCUUGUGUGGUUCACGAUUAUUUUUCUUUAUUUAGGAUUUGCUAAAGUCUACAUAAGAGUGUUUGUUAAACUUAGAAAUUAAAUGCACCUACUAAACAUAGAAACUAAAUUUACAAAAACUGAUAGGUAAGGUUCACUCUGAGAUGUGAAAGAUCUCAAGUUAAUUUCCUUUAUUAAAGAUAAGAAGGAAUAUGACUUUAUUCAAGUAGGUAAUCCAUUUCAUUUUGUCUACAAUUGGCACGAAGCAAAAAGAGACACACUGAUGGGCAACUUAACUUCCUGUAAGGGUGAAGCCCGAACUAGUAAGUUUUCUUUACUGUGAGACAUGAAAGGGUAUAACUUUAUUCAAGCAGUUCAGAAAAAAAAAGUGAGCAUUCUACUUUUGUUGAUAGUCAAGACUUGUUGAUAUCUUGAGUUCUCCGGUAGAAUAGUAAAAAUGAAAGGAUUUACAGUAAACAGUUUAAAAGUUUUCACAUCUUUAGAUCCUGUGUUUCAGUGAGGCUACUUAAUUUCAUUUAAAAAGUCCAUUGUA